ACCUCUCUGGUAUGGCUCCGGAGACACGAUCGGAACGCUUCUCUGAGCUAGAGCACCGCCUGGACCUUCAACAGGCUUCGAUCGACUCCAUUAAUGCUCGCUUGGAUGACUUGCAAUCUACUAACACGAGGUUUGACGAUUAUCUUAAGGAUAUUGCUGCGAAGGUUUCUUCUCUUUUGACCGAUACGGGCAAACGAACGGCAGUAGGCGAAGGUGGCUCCUCUUCAUUGUCUCCACCUCGCAUUCCAACCUUUGGCUCUUUUCAUGAGCUCCACAACCCCCAUUCUGCUUACUCUGUCCCUACCAAGCAAAGCCGCGUGGACUUCCCCAAGUUCGAUGGGUCUGACUUCCGUGGAUGGGCGUACCGUUGUCGCCAAUUUUUUGAAGUUGACGGCACCCCUCCAGAACAUCGCAUUCGUCUCCUUAGCAUUCAUCUGGAAGGGCACGCUUUACGGUGGCACCAAACCUUUAUGCGGCAUCGAUCUUUCUCCGAUAUUAGCUGGUCUGAUUAUUUUUCUCACAUGGAGAAGAAGUUCGCCGACGUACAUGACGAGAGUCCUACUAUUGCUCUCAAAAAGUUACAGCAACUUGAUAGGCCUGUUCCUGAGUAUGAACGUCAAUUCGAUGAGCUCUUAUCUGAAGUCGAUAUACCUGAUGAUGUUGCGAUGAACCUAUUCAUCGGUGGGUUGCGUGCUGACGUCCAGAAGAGCGUUCUCAAUUUCAGUCCAUCAUCCCUCUCUAGCGCGAUGUAUUGUGCUCGCCUUCAGGAGGCCACCAUUCGGGCGAUUCAUGAGCAUGCCCCGGUCGGUCGACGCCAUAUUAUGCCAUCACUGAAACCUUUCCAUUUGAAUGGGCUGAAAUCAUCUACAGUCAUGGACUCCCCUUCCGGCCCAUCACUUGCGGACUCCCAACCCGGCACCGUCAAGUCCCCUGCCCAGUAUACCUCCGUCAAGCCUGCUUACUCAGCUUCGGCGUCUUCUCCAGGCUACUCGGGCGUUCCUUCCAAGCCCUCUAAGCAGCUUUCGAGGAAAGAGAUGGAUGAGAGGCGCCGAAAGGGGCUAUGUUAUUGGUGUACCGAGAAAUACACCGCCGGCCAUCGCUGCAAGGAUUCUCAACUCUUCCUACUGGUUGUUGAUGAUAAUGAGGAAUAUUUUGAGGACGCUCUUGAGGAGGUUCCUGUGGAGUCCGGCAGAAUCAAUGCCAUUGAAGGGCAGGAAGAGGUUUCAACAUUGAAGUUGGUGGGCCGCAUUAAGAACCAAACGGUGAUAAUUCUGAUUGACACAGGGAGCACUCAUAACGUGCUCGAUGCGUCCACAGCCCGUCGUUUGCAGCUGAAGUCUCAGGAACGAUCCCCGGUUCAGUUGACUGUCGCUGAUACGAGGAAGAUUGGACUAAUUCCUUCUUCAUUGAGCUACGACCAACAACAAGAAUUGACGAGAGUUUUUAGCAGCUUUUGAGGAUGUUUUUGCUGAACC